AUGUCAAAAAUUAAUUGUUAUGAAGAUGGAUUAAACUAAUUGAUAAUGCAAAUCAAGAACCAAAUUCAUUAAUCAACUAGAAAAAAUAGAUUCUAAAUUUAAGAAAUGAGAUAGAAUGAUUUUGAAAUAAGAUCAAAUCUACUUUAAUUUAGAUUAAAUUAUAGAAAUAGUACUGCAAACUCAUAAGCAUUAAAUAGAUAUUCAAAAUAAAUAGAAAUAAAAAAGAGAUAUUCUCUUUUACCUAUAAAAAGCAUUCUUUUAAAAUCUCCAAAAAAAUCAAUUAAAGAAAAGUUGAAUAAAUAAUCUAGUAUCAAUAGAGAAGAAUUAAUAAAAUUAAAAUGCGAAAUAAGAGCAUGGACUAUUAAUAAUACCAACUAAACAGAUUAAUAAUGA